AACGCGCGCUCAAAGUCAGUGCUUGAUAAUAAGAUAUACCAUAUACUACAUACAUAUGUGGAGCAUCGGCGAUAAAUAUUGUACACAUUUUUUUAAAAAUAUGUUUGACUCGUGUGCGACGCCGAGCAAUGUAGUACGCUAAUUAUUUUUCUGCACUCAUUUUGCGAUUGUCUGUUGCAAUUCGGCUAUUGGUGUCCGUUUUCCUGGCGAAAGAAAUAUAUUAAGUUGUUUAAAAUACCAUCCGUACCGCGAAUAAGUUUCGAGUUUUUAUAAUGAGAGAGAAAUAUCUUGACGAAAAGUCUUGUUGCAACUGUAAAUAACAAUGCACCCCAUUUUUAAAUGGUUUAAAUUUAACGCCAUUAAGUUUAACAUUAAAGUCAUUUGUGCUCAUAAAGACCCUUACACCAAUAAAUUUAUUUAAAGCACACAUUUUACAAGACAGUUUUUGCACAAUUUACUGAAUUGUCGUUGAGUUCUGGACUGCCUAUGAAUCCGAGUGCAUAAAAGUAAUUAAAAAAGUUAAUGUAAAUUGUCUUUAACCGAAAAAUGUCCACAGAAUAUAUAAAUAAAAUCAAAAAAUAUAAUUGUACGCGGGUGCUGUUCUGAGAGCAAACAAGUGUCAAUACUGUGCAAUCAAUACCAAUGAGAAAUGUGACUAAACAACCAAAGGAAAUCAAUUGUGCCAAACCUCGUUGAAAGACAACAAAUUAAAAAAGCGCCUAACGGCUAACGGUCUAAGUUAGCAAUUAGUACCCAGUUACCAAUUUAUCCGCCCUCAUCCGAAUCGAGAACUUAGCGCCACGCCAUGAGCAUCAUCGACAGCGGCAAGUACCGCUUGCGCAAGGACUGGGCCAGCGCCUCCAUUCCGUCCUUGGUGAACAUCGACGAGCACGACGGCGACUCCGGGGACACGGAGGGCAGCCUUAAUGCCACGGCCCCUCUGCCUCCACAGAAGCCCCCGCGGCGCAGCUCCCUGGCCCUCGGACUGUUUUCCAGCAAAUCUGACAAGAACCAAAAGCGCCGCAGCUCCAUAGCCGUCUCCUUCCUGCGGCGGGAUAGUAGUAAGAACUCCACCAAAGACUCGUAUGAAUCGGCUGUGCGCAGCGAGAAGUCCGAUGGCUCCGGCACACCCACCAGCCCGGAGAUCGUGUACAGCUCCGAGGAAAAUAUUCGGGCCAGCUCCCCAAACGAUCCGGGCAAGCAGACCUUCUUUGAGGACGGCAGCCAAUCGCCGCGUCCAGUGCUCCAGGGGCUGAACACCUCGUACGAGGGACCUCAAAAUGACCGCCAGAGGCGCAGGCGCAGCUCGCUGCAGACCAAGCUGGACCGGCAUCGCCGCAAGAAGAUGGAGUACAUCAACCAGAGGAGCCUGGACUCCGGCAUGAUGUGCAGCGAGUCCCAGAGCGACCUGACCAACGAAAGCUUGAUCGAGGCGUCCGGCAGCUUUGCCAACGGAAACGACGACGAGGACGACAUCAUCGAUCCCAGCCACGGGGAGUACUUUCCACGAGAGAAGCGCCACUCCUGGUGGAACAUCUUUGUGCCCGACAAUUUCAAAAACAGGUCACGUAGGGCUAGUCAAGAUGUUUCCAGUUUGUCACGCAGCGUUGACAAUUUGGCGAUACCCGUGCGCAGGAGCAAAUCGCGAAGCGUGGAUCACGGCCUUGCGGCUCCAUUCGACUUGGAUUCGCUCCGCUCUAAAGUGGAGCAGCGCUUCGAGAGCGUCGACAAACUAUCAAGGCAAAAGUCUUCAUUACCCACCAUACCCACCAUUUCCUACACCGUGGGCAAUCGCGACACCCUGACCUCCGUGGCCGCCCGGUUCGACACCACGCCCUCGGAGCUGACCCAUCUGAACCGGCUGAACAGCUCUUUCAUCUACCCGGGCCAGCAGCUGCUGGUGCCGGACAAGAGCGCCAAGGACGACGCCUCCAGCAGCUCCACCCACGACGCGGACGGGGCCAGUCUGUCCGGAAAAUCGAGUCCGGUCGAGCGCAAGGUGUCAGGCGACGAGAGCCGCGAGAAAGACAUACUCGAGGGCCUGCGCCCCGGAUCCCCAAAACCGGGACACAUUGAGCGCGUGGGCGGCAGCAGUCAGCAGCAGGCGGAGGAGGAGGCCAACAAAAGCGACGACCCGGUGAUCACCCAGCGCUUCCUGAAGAUCAAUGUGCGCCACAUCACGGACGGACAAGGCGUGGUGGGCGGCGUCCUCCUGGUCACGCCCAACGCCGUUAUGUUCGAUCCCAACGUCAGCGAUCCCCUGGUCAUCGAGCACGGCCCGGAGAGUUACGGCGUCAUUGCGCCAAUGGAGCUGGUGGUCAACGCCGCCAUCUUCCACGACAUUGCGCACAUGAGAGUGGCCGGAGGAGCAGGUCAGAGCAUGAACUCCGGCUCGGGUGACUCGGAGAAGCCGGAGAUCUACUAUCCCAAACCAGUAUUAAUCGAAGAAGACUCCAAGGAGCUAUCCGAGCAGCAGCCGUUGCUGGGCGAAGACGGUAAUAAACGCUUGGAUGAUAUAGAGUCGCUGGAGAUCGCUGACGACCAAGAGUCGCUUUGCUCCAGCACUGGACGCGAUGGCGACGCGUUUCCCAAAGCCUUCGACCGCGAACGUGUGGAGGACUCUUCUACGGAAGCCAAAGAUAGCUCUAAGACUGACGGUAUAGACGAUGAAGACAAGAAGGCCGGUCGGGGCCUCUCCAGCACUCGCUCCACCCUUGAGGAGCGGCGCAAGAGUUUGUUGGAUCACCACUGGGCCAUUCCGAGUAAAGACCGAUCCUCAGAAGAUGAGGCCGACAACGAGUCUAACGUAACCGUGGACAGCGGUGCACGAGUCCAGGAACCGCACUCGGCCAAUAGCUCGGUCAGCGGAGUACCGCUUAGCCAGCCCCCUGUGGCUGCUGUUGCAGCUGCCGCAGCGGUUGGACCUGCCGUUGCUCCUCUGCCUCCCUCGGGCAUCGACCUGGAGCACUUAGAGCAGCUAUCCAAGCAGUCGUGCUACGACUCGGGCAUCGAUAUUCGCGAGCCCGUUCCGAACGUACACCCGAUACCAAAGAAAACCGUCUACAGCGACGCGGACAUUGUCCUCAGCUCCGACUGGGUACCACCGAAAACCAUUGUGCCGACGCACUUCAGCGAGUCCCCGCCUCGCAGCACCAUUCUCGGGCAGAGCCUCGACGCCGGCACAGGAGGCGUCCGUAAAAAGACCUCAAGCGUGAGCUUUAGCGUCGACGACGAGGCCGCUCAGCAGGCUCAGGCCCAGGCGGCUGCACUGGCUGUCACUGACAAGCAGGCGGAGAAGAAGAGCAAGAUGCUAAAACGUCUCUCAUACCCCCUGACAUGGGUGGAGGGCUUGACUGGGGAGGGUGGAGCUGUGCCGCCCGGGGGCGUGGGCAUUGGAAGCCUGAACAAGUCAGGAGACACAGACUCGGCACCCAACACGGGUGACUCCAACCAAAGUGUAUUUUCGAAAGUAUUCUCAAGACGUUCCUCAAUCGGUACCUUUAUUCGUCCUCACUCUUCAGAGGGCACUUCGUCCAGCACUAAGCUGAAGGAGGCCAAGCAGGCGCCCAAACUGGACUACCGCUCCAUGGUCUCCAUGGACGACAAACCGGAACUCUUUAUAAGUGUGGACAAACUCAUCCCAAGACCGGCCCGAGCCUGCCUUGACCCACCAUUGUAUCUACGCCUGCGCAUGGGCAAGCCCAUUGGUAAGGCCAUUCCGCUGCCAACCUCUGUCAUGUCCUACGGGAAGAACAAGUUGCGCGCUGAGUACUGGUUCAGUGUGCCAAAGAAUCGCGUUGAUGAGCUCUAUCGCUUCAUAAACACCUGGGUGAAACACCUGUACGGUGAGCUGGACGAAGAGCAGAUCAAGGCGCGUGGUUUUGAGCUGAUUCAAGAGGACACCGAGUGGACCAAGAGCGGCACCACCAAAGCCGGCAUGGGAAGCGGCAGCCAGGAUGGCGAGGAGAUAAGCGACCUGACCCGCGAGUCCUGGGAGGUGCUGUCAAUGAGCACAGAUGAAUAUCGCAAGACCUCACUUUUUGCCACAGGCUCAUUCGACUUGGACUUCCCCAUACCAGACCUGAUCGGCAAGACAGAAAUCCUUACAGAGGAGCAUCGCGAGAAGCUCUGCUCACAUCUGCCGGCUAGAGCCGAGGGAUACUCCUGGUCCCUGAUCUUCAGCACCUCACAACAUGGUUUCGCACUGAACUCCCUGUACCGCAAAAUGGCUCGUCUGGAGAGUCCAGUUCUGAUUGUCAUUGAGGAUACGGAGCACAACGUAUUUGGUGCCUUGACCUCCUGCUCACUGCAUGUGUCGGAUCACUUUUACGGCACCGGUGAGUCCCUGCUCUACAAGUUUAACCCGAGCUUCAAGGUGUUCCAUUGGACUGGUGAGAAUAUGUACUUCAUCAAAGGCAACAUGGAAAGCCUUUCGAUUGGCGCUGGAGACGGUCGUUUUGGCCUGUGGCUGGAUGGGGACCUGAACCAGGGACGAUCGCAGCAAUGCAGCACAUAUGGCAAUGAGCCUCUGGCGCCACAAGAAGACUUUGUUAUCAAAACACUCGAAUGCUGGGCAUUUGUUUAAGUGAAUUUCUGUUGUCGACAACAAACAUAUUUAAGGAUGGGAGCGAGGGCCUCCUGUCGGCCUAUCUAUUUAAAUAAUUAUAUGUACUUGUACUAAAAACCAACAACCUGAGAAAGAUGUCAAAAGCUGGUGUGCGUCCAAGAAUCCGUCGGACCGGUCCACACAGCCCGAACCCCAAAUCACAUGAAUACACCAACACCACAUAAAAAAGGAUCUGCUCUGAAGAAAAAUGCUUGUGAAAAUUCGGUUCUCGGAAGCAAAUGCGAGUUAUCUAUGCGUUGGAACGUAUUAAUUAUUUAGUUUUUAUAUCAUAUAUUAUUAAACAAAAGCAACUAAAUUAUGUGUUAGACUUAAACAAAACAAAACACGAAAAAACCCGAAAGGCAGACUAGCGACACGGAAAGCUAAGCGAAAACAGUUGAGGAUAACAUUAGAGGUCAUCACACAUCUCCAUGAAUAAUAUGGCACACGCUUACACCCACAUACACCCACACAAACUCACAUUAAGUUUAGUUCUUAUUAACGAAAAUUAUAAACAACAAAUUGUGAGAAGAAACAUAUAGCAAAAAGCAGGUUUUUAUAAUUUAUCGUGUAUACUUCUCUUGUUUUAUUUCAGUUUGAAUUCAGUUUCGACUGUAUGAGUUGCUAAAGUUAUUGAGAACAUUGUGAAAGAGCAAGCUAAGGAGAUGAGAAAAAUAAAAAGAAUGUCGAUAUAAUUUUUAGUGCAAAAGUGCUGAUUGCAAGUAUAACUAAAGCAAAGAUAACUUUUAACGAUUUGACAUUUAUAUAUAUGUAAAGAAGAAGCUGAUAGCGAGCGUUUUAUUUUUUAGUUUUACACGAUAUACAUAUAUUUAAUUAUGAUUAUUUUAAUGCUAAUGAUGUUGACUUUUACGCAAUUAUACUAAAACUAAAACAACACCAGAUUGAAAUACACAUUAUUAUACAACCAAA